UCAAGCUCUGGCACCUGUUCAAAGCUCUUCUACGUUAGCCGGGAUGUCGAGGCUUCUGCAAGCAUUUGCCUUGGGCGUCUCUUUUGCUUUGGCAGCUGAUGAUGUCACGUUGGAAAUAGCGAAAGGCAGCCUCACCAAUGAUGACGAGUGUUUCGAAGGCGACGAACAAUGUGCUCUCAACGCGUUGCAACUUCGGCAAACUGAGCUAGAUGUCCCUGAGGAGGUCCCCGAGGACGACGCUGCGGAUGAUGGCCGCAUUGGCCUUGGGCCUGAUCCCAACAGUACGGAGCUGGGCUCUGGCUAUCAUCAAUCCGUACCUGAUGGCUACCUUGCGGCUCGUUGCUCGCACCGUUCAUACUGCAUCAUGGGCCGGCCGGCCCCAUACAUGGUGGUCGCUGGGCACAGCGAUUCCAUCGGCAUGGAGAGCAUCAACGGCGGAAACGUCGGCUACUACGACAGCAUGAUGAAUGCCGCCUGGUCCCGGUGCGGCAGCUCCAGCUGCGUCAUCAUCACAAACCCCAAGGGCUUCCGCACGCAGAGCCGCUUCCACAUCCACUACCGGUAUCAGAGCGGUCAUGGGAAGUCCUUGAAGGCGAAAAUGGAGCACAAGGUCUGCCACGGAGGCGGCUGGCAACAUGGCGGCUUCCCUUGCGGGGGCAAAGCCAAGUUCUUCUCCGGCCAUGUUGCUCCUAUGAGCGCGGCUAUGGGUGCUGGAGGCAUUCACGGCGCGGGAGUGUCAGUUUGGCCGCAGGCUUGUGGUGGAGGAGGUGCCAUCGUGCUGGUCACCUACCAUUGCAGCAUCGAGCACAGCAUUGCGAACAUCCCGCCACACUAGGGUCCAUGCGAUCCCUUCGGAAAUAAUACGCAGACCAGCCAAAGAGUUGGAAAAAGACCGAGUUGCAAGAUGUGAGCUGAAGACCUGUACUAUUCCUCUAUGAAUCGGUGCGCCUGAC